CGAGGAUGUAAAUCAAUUUUGACGUAUGUGCUUUGACUUCACAUCUGAAGAUUUGAGAUCCAUGCUCAGAAAUCAACCAUCCAGUCAUCUGCAGAGCACCCGAGACGGGACAAUGGAGGCCACCAGCCUGCCAAAUGAAGGCCAGUUUGCCCCAGGCUCCUUCCUGGAGAAGCUGAAUUCCCUGGUGAAAGGAAUCGGCUGCCCCGAUCCCGAUGUGGGGAGGGCUCCACACAAAGCCUUUGACAAGAGAUGGCUGAGUCUACCACAUCCAGCCCCUCCCCCUGCCGAGCUGCCGGUGACUGGAUCCCCUCCAUCAUCUUGCUCCAACGGAUUCCCCGCUGUUGUACCACCACCUGUAAGCGCUCAGCGAGAGCCUGUCACCAAACCGAUCGCUGAGGCUAGCGUCUCGUCUGCGCGGGAAAGCAGGACAGCCGCCUGCCCCCCGCUUCCUCCUGCAGCUCCUCACCAGGCCUCCAGCAUGGCCCAGGACCCUUCUCCCCAGGCAGCUCUGGAGCUUCAGGGUGGCACCAGCAGCCUCGAUGAGCAGGCCCAGCAGCUGGAUGCGGAGAUCAACGAGCUGAUCCAGCAGUGGGAGCUCAGGCCUGAGGAUGAGGAGUGGGAGGACACGGCCUCUUGCGUGCUGCUGAAGGGUAAAUGGUGCCGGGGUGACCCCAUGGAGCUGGACGACGAGUUCAUUCGAGAGGACCCUGCCUACAACGCAGACAGGGUGGAGAGCGAGGCUCGGGAAGCAGAUGAUGUAGAGGGCCAGGCCAGCAGCCCAGCAGUGCCGCCCUCCUCCCUUGCCCGGUCCUCUGAGGCAGCCCCAGACAGCCAGGGGGUCUAUUCCCUUAGACCCAGGGGCCCUGCGAAGGAGCGUUCCGCAGAGGAGGAGGGAGACACCCCCACGGAGGAAAGCUCAGCAGAGGAGGAGGAAGGAGACUCCCCUGGUGGCUGCACAGAGGAGAGCUCAGCUGAAGAAGAGGAGGAGGAGGAAGCUGAGCGCUCUCCCCAGCGGCAGAGGAAGCGGGGGCCCCAGGGAGGGACGGCUCCGCGUGUCUACCCAUGCCCCACCUGUGGCCAUAAGUUCGCCAACAGCAGCAACAUGCGGAAGCACCUGCGGAUCCACACUCGGGAGGCACCGUACUCGUGCCACGCCUGUGGCAAGUCCUUCACCGACUCCUCCAACCUUACCAAGCACCAGCGCGUGCACAGCGGGGGCCGGGAACGCCCCUUCAGCUGCUCCAAGUGCCCCAAGGUCUUCGCCUCGGCCCCCGAUCUGCAGGAGCACCUGCGGCGCCAUGAGGGCAUCCGGCCCUUCCCCUGCAUGGACUGCAAGCGCAGCUUUGUGUCGCAGGCAGAGCUGCUGGCGCACAUCCGCAACCACGUGGGGCAGCCCCAGGCCCUGACCGCCAAGCCCUUGCUGCACUGCGAGGACUGCAACAAGAGCUUCGCCGGCCCCAUGCUGCUGCGCCUACACCAGCGCCGCCACAAGGCCUACGUGUGUGAUGAAUGCGGCGCCGUCUUCACCCUCGAGUUCAAGCUGCUUUUCCACAAGAGCCUGCACAAGGGGCUGCAGACCUGCACGCGCUGUGGGGUGCAGUACACAGGAGGGCACUUCUGCCGGGCCCAGGCCCGGGCCCAGGCCCAGUCCUGUGCCUCCCGGCCAGGACACAACAGUGCCAAGACUCCGGGGACUGCAUCACUCGUGGUCAGAGUCCCUGACUCUGUGCCAGCAGAAGGCUCCACCCCGGCCAGGCCUCCAGCCCCACUAGCAGCUGGGCCCCCAACCCCUGCCCCGGCCGGUCCCCCAGCCCCACUAGCAGACGAGCCCCCAAGCCCUGCCCCAGCUGGGCCCCCAGCCCCAGUAGCAGCCGGACCCCCAGGCUCCGCCCUGGCUGGGCCCCCAAGCCCUGCCCCAGCUGGGCCCCCAGGCUCCGCCCCAGCCAGGCCCGCAGCCCCAGCCCCACUAGCGGCUGGGGCCCCAGCCCAAGCAGCAGUGAGGGUCCACAGCUCAACCACAUCGAUGGCCGCUGCCUCAGUCCCUUUGACCAUUCCUCCCUCAGACCCAGUCGCAGGAGUGAUAAGUAAUGGCCUGAUCCUACUAAACCCGGCAACCUUGCCCCCGGGCACCAAGAUCAUCCUUCAGAUCCCACCCCAGAUGGUUGUGCCCCCGAGGGACGCAGGCACAAGAGCUGGGAGCACCAACGCUUGUACUCUGCAAGAACUGGUACCUAGGAGGAUGCCAGAGCUGCACCCAGCCCCAGCCAAAGCUCAGCAGCCAGCAGGAGGGAAGCACGGUCAUCUUACCAGCAGCAUGACAUCAGCAGAGAAGGGCAAUGGGCCACACACCCCACCAGUGCCACCCGCCUCCCAGCCCCUGUCACCAUCAGCCCCCCUGCAACCCCCACAGCCCUUGCCACCAUCAGCCCCCCUGCAAUGCCCACCUCCCUCAGGCCCACCACUGCUAGCUCCCUCACAGCCCCUGGGCUUGAUGCCACUGCUAGCCCCUCCACCCCCCUCAGCCCCUCCACAGCUGUCAGCCCCCUCAGAGGAGCUCUGGGCUGAGCAGGGAGCAUGGCACAAACCCUAUAACUUCCGGCAGUCCCAGCCCCAAGGGAAAUACACCGAGGAGGGAGCAGGGGAGGGUAGUGAUCCCGGGGGAAGCUCUGGGGAGGACUGGGCAGGGGAGAGCGGGGAUGAAGAGGACGAGGAGCUGGAGCCUGUCCCGCAGGGGAAGAGGCGAGGGCGGCCCCCCAAGAAGCAAGGACCAGGUCAGUCCCCCAAGAAGCAAGGACCUGGUCAGUCCCCCAAGAAGCGAGGCCGGCCCCCCAAGAAGCAAGGACCUGGUCAGUCCCCCAAGAAGCAAGGACCUGGUCAGUCCCCCAAGAAGCGAGGCCGGCCCCCCAAGAAGCAAGGACCAGGCCGGCCCCCCAAGAAGCAAAGGCGAGGCCGGCCCCCCCUGGGCCCCUACAUCUGUGUGGUCUGUGCCAAGCGCUUUGUGUACCAGAGGUCACUGAAGCAGCACGUGCGGCUGCGCAGGCACUACCCCUCCUGCCACCAGUGCCACAGCACCUUCGGCGAUCUCCACAAGCUGCAGCUCCAUAUGCUCAGCCACCGGGGGGAGGGCAUGGCGUGA